UGAAAAGUAAUUAAAUUUGCACUAAAAUUGAAGAUCAAAUUUUUACAAUUUGGGGGAUUCGAUUCAUUUCAUUUCAUAAUUCAUUUCAUUUCAUAAUUCAUUUCGAUGAAGAAAUUAAUCAUUACAGCAGCAGUCAUGGACGGAGACGACGAAAUUGAGAUUCCGACCUAUUUCCGGUGCCCCAUUUCCAUGGAGUUAAUGAAAGACCCCGUCACCGUCGCCACCGGCAUCACCUACGACCGCCACGCCAUCGAGAAAUGGCUCUUCUCCGGCCGCCGGACCGCCACCUGUCCCGUCACCAAUCAGGUCCUCUCCACCACCGACCUCACCCCCAACCACACGCUCCGCCGCCUCAUCCAGGCCUGGUGCGCCACCAACGCCGUCGACAGGAUUCCGACGCCGGAGCCGCCCGUCGACGCCGCGCACGUCCGCCGGAUCCUCAGCCAGGGUAUGACCUCGCCGCGGUCGGAGCUGCAAUGCCUCCGCCGCCUCCGAUCCAUCGCCGCCCGGAACGAGAGCAGCCGGAAGCACCUCCAGAUCGGCGGCGCCGCCGAGUUUCUUGCCGGCGUCUUCGCGCGCCACCGCGACGGCGCCGCCGUCGUUAUUGACGAAGCGUUGGGUAUUCUCUACCGGAUGGACCUGCCGGAUUCUGACCUGAAGAAAUUGAUCGCCGCCGGCGGGCUUUUCCGAUCAUUGACGCACGUGCUGGAAAUCGGGAGCAGCGAGUCCCGGCGGCAGGCGAUAGUUCUGCUGAACUCGGCGCUCCACGUGGCGGAUCCGGAGCACGUGAUCGGAUGCGAACCCGAAAUGUACAAACAAGUAGCCCGAAUCAUAUCGGAUCGGGUCUCCGUUACCGUCACGAAGACGGCGUUAAAGGUGCUCCUGCAGCUCUGCCCGUGGGGCAGGAAUCGCAUAACCGCCGUUCAAAACGGCGCCGUUUGGGCGGUGGUGGAGGCGAUUUUGGAGACGGGGGAGAGGAGGAUUUGCGAGCUGGGACUGGCGGUCCUGGACCUUCUCUGCGGGUGCGCCGCCGGCCGGGCGGAGAUUCUCCGCCACGGAGCGGGGCUGGUGGUGGUGUCGAAGAAAAUUCUUAGGGUGUCGGCAGAGGCAAAUUAUCGGGCGGUGAGGACGCUGUGCUGGAUAUCGAGGCACGCCGCCAGUCCGGCCGUUGUGUCAGAGAUGGCGGCGGUGGGGGUGGCGGCGAAGCUGUGCCUGGUGGUGCAUCGGGCGGAGACUGGGCGGCGGACGAGGGAGGCGGCGGCGGAAAUUCUUAAGAGGCAUUCAAGUGUUUGGAAGGAAUCUUCUUGCAUUCCGCCGCACUUGCUGUUGUCUUAUCCGCGUUGAGAGCACCAUGGAGCCCGACUCCCGACCUACUUCUUUAAUGGAGAGAAUCUUAUGGGAGCUGAGAGCCCUGGAGUUUUCAAGUGGUUACUCUUUUUUUAGUGUUUUAUGUUCAUGUAAAUUUGUCUCUUGGACAAUUCCUUUGUAGAUUUAUUUAUUAUUUUCUUUUUAUUUUUUUUUUAUAAAAGU